AAGAGGGAAAGAGACGGUCGAAGAUCAUCGGAAGAAACACGAAAAGAGAGAAAAUUCAUAGAUUCCAUCUCCAUUAACUGAUCACUUGAUCAUAAACGGCGCUAAUUUGAUCUUGUUCAAGGAUUUUCUGAAACAGAAUCCAUGGAGAAAGUGAUGAACAUUAUAAAGCCUAAGCCUAAUCCUCAGCAGCAAUUGAGAGACUGGCAACGACGUCUUCGCCAGGAAUGCCGCAACAUCGAACGUCAAAUCCGAGAUAUACAGCGUGAAGAGAAAAGUGUACAAAAAGCAAUCAAAGAUGCUGCCAAGAGAAACGAUAUGGGAUCUGCCAAGUCACUUGCAAAAGAGAUUGUGAGGUCCAGAAGAACUGUUAACCGUCUCUAUGAAAACAAGGCACAGCUGAAUUCUAUAUCUAUGCAUCUUGGUGAAAGCGUUGCAAUUGCUAGGACAGUUGGGCAUUUGGCUAAAAGUGCCGAGGUUAUGAAGCUUGUCAAUAAUCUCAUGAAGGCUCCUGAAGUUGCCAUUACAAUGCAAGAGUUCAGCAAAGAAAUGAUGAAGGCGGGAGUAAUUGAGGAGACUGUCAGUGAUGCAAUUGACUCAGCAUUGGAUACUGAGGAUAUAGAAGACGAGAUUGAAGAGGAAGUUGAAAAGGUUUUAACUGCUCUUGCUGGUGAGACAGCUGCUCAACUUCCCGAAGCAACCAGGAAGGAAAAAUUGAAGCAACCAGUUCAAGCUGCUUCUGCAGAAGAAGAGGAGGGAGCCGACGAUGAGGAGGAGCUGGAGGAAAUAAGGGCUCGUCUGGCUAGGGUGAGAUCGUAGGGGAAGUGGUUUUACUGCGAUUGUACAUUGUUGCUUCGAUUCUUACUUGUAAAACAUAUUUAUACUAUUAUCGAGAGAUGGAGAUGGAGAUGGAAAAGGCAAAGAAAUUCCACAUGUAUGAUGAUGGGAAACCAUUUAUUUUUAACUUUCUGUUAUUGUGAAAUGUGUUUUCGCCCU